CGCACUGCGUGGGUUUGAUUUUGACCAGGACACUGCGGUCUGUAACAGAGGAGCUGAAUCGAUAAGCAACCCUCAUUAUGCUACAUACGACAUACACGGCACGGCAACUAACAUGGAAAGGAAAGGGGACAGCGCUCGUCGUUGCACGCGAUUCAAUAUGCAUCCAUCCAUCCAGACUGUGUUAUCACACGAGUCCAGUAGGCUCACCCAUACUCGCACACACCUCAAAACAGCCAUGUCGAUCGGCGAAUUCUGUCCAGAUGUCAAGCACCAGCAAAACGCCCCUCUUAGGCGCGUGUUGUGUGUCUAUCCGCAAACGAAGACGCAGUCGGCCACCCGCCCCCUGUCAUUUCUGGCCAGAGGUGGUGGUGGUCUUGUGUUUGUGACACUUGUCCAUGUCUCGCUCCUCGGCCAUCCGGCGCAGCCAGACCAGGUCGACCUCCCGCGACGCCGUCUCCAGAGGGUCGAGGCGGGGAUAGGCCGACUUCAUGUGGUCCCGCUUGGGGUCGGAGUACUUGCACUUCUUGAAGGCCGGCCACUCCUCCUCCGUGGUGGUUUCCUUGCCCGGCUCGCCGCCGCGAGCCGCCCCCGAUGACUGGCGGCCCAUGAACUGGAACGCCCGUCCCGUCUCUGCCACACACACACACACGCACACACGCAUGCAGGCAGAUGUGCAUGUGUCCACGCCAUGCCAUGUGUGGGGUGAAGUGCGUGUCAGUCUUCUCGCCAUAGUCGUUGAAAGUCCGUUGCUGGAUGUUCCUGCGGCUCCGCCCGAUGGCGAGCCAGUCGCAGUCCUGACGGCUGUACCACCGCGGCUUGCGUCCCACGGGUGGCAGCCCGGGGGUGGGUGUCCUAUCCAUGGCCUUGCUGCUGGCCGGCUCCUCUCCAUCCGCAUCCAUGCUGGCCGACGGCUUGCUCUCCUUGCUCUCGUCGUCGGGCGUCUCCGAGCUCUGCUGGCGGCUGGCGGGGAAGAAGCCAGCGUCGCGCGAUCGCUUCUUGGCGGUCGAGUCCCCACUGCCGUUUUCGUUCAUGGGGCUGAAAUCCGACUCCUGCAUGGCGUCCAGCUGCGGCAUGGGAGAGGGUGGCGCGGGGGGUUGAUCGCCGUUGGGGGCGGCCUCCCACUCGACGGGGGCCUUGCGCUUGGGCAGCUUGGGGUUGCUCUUGCGCUCGAUGUAGAGGAGGUCCAUGAGGCGCCCCUUGGAGUAGCCGUAGAGCUGCUUCUUGCGCUCGACCUCCUCGCGCCGCCGCGUCUCCAGGUCCUUGGCCUGCUGCUCCCACGAAUAGGAUGACUGCACCUCACUCCCCGUCGGAUGCAGAUAUGCCAGCUCGGGAUCCGGGAGAGAGUGGAAGGGGUCGAACUUGGUGGGGUUGUACGACGUCAGGCGAGACCGGCCCGUCCCCUCCCCCCGGCUGUGCCUCUCUGGGUCGCUCCGCUUGCGUCUCAGCAGCUCGCUGAGGGGCAGGUCGGCGGGCAGAGACAUGGCGGGGGACUUGGGGGGUUUAGGUUUGCGGGGCUUCUUGGGUGACGACUUGUGGUUCUUGGGCUGCGGUGGGUUGAAGAGCCAGCCGAGGUUGGAGUCGGCCUCAUCCUGGUCGUCGUGCGUCUGCUUGUCCUCGUCGAGCUUGUCUGGGUCGCAGCGGACGUAGUCGUCGGGCAUGUAGGGCAGCACGAUCUCACACUUGAGGUGCGCCCGGUGGGACAGCAUCAUCAGGCCCGCUAAAGCAUCCUCCUCGGCCUUGGUCAUGCCCCCCGCCCCUCCCAGCCCCUUUCCCCCUCCCUUGCCCUUCUGCUGCUUGGUCUGCCGCUGCUGCUGUUGCUGCAGCUUCUUCCUCUCUCGUCUGGCCUGCCUCUCCUCCUCCUGCUUGACCUGCCGCAGUGCCGUCUCCACCAUGUUGAUCUCCUCAUACUCCCGCGAUGGCGAGCGGGACGGCUCGGGGGCCAUGUCCACCGCCACCUUGCGCGCCAAACGGCAGAAGAGCCGUGCAGCCUUGUCCAGACUGCGGCGCUCCUUCUCGUCAUUGCCCACCUGAGGCGGCCCGCUGCGAGGGGGCAGAGGGGCACGGGAGACACCACCAGCUGUCUUGGGCUUUGGCUUGGGCUGGGGCGGGCGCGGCUCGUUGCGCUUGAGGGGCAUGCGGAUGAUGCGCUUGCUGGCCUUGUGCGCCUGCUCCUCGGCGUAGGGGUUGAACGAGCGGUACGAGUAGCCCUUGGUGGCAGGGGAGGCCGAGGCCGACCUGUGCUUGGAUUUGCUGUUGUUGGUAACGUAUGGGAUGCGUUCAGGAACCUCUGGGAAGGGCGGAGGCGGGCCCAUGGGGAGCACAGUGAUGGGCUGCUGCGAUGACUGCUGACUCACAACUCUGAAAAGGACCAAGGAUGGACAUGGCAUACACACGUGUACUCUGAGACAUGUCUGCCAGGCAGGAGACUUAGAAAGUGCCCUUUCGUCGAUUCUGUGCCGACGUACCUAGCGGGCGAUGUGGGGCUGUAUCCGCUGAUGCCGCUGCCCCUGCGCCCUCUGGCCUCGGGGCUGCCGGCCGCCGUCGACUCGUCCUCAUCCUGACCAAAAGGGUUCUUCGGCGGACGACUAUGCGUACCAACAGAAAGAGAGAAAGGAGUGGUUUUGCAUCAUCGACGCUCGCACAGACAGCAUUUCUUGGUUACGUGCGGAGGACUGAUAUGCGCUUCGAUAUCCCUGACUCAGCCCUGCACCAUUCGCCACACGAGAUCCAUGACCCGGCCCUGGAUGGAUGGAUGUAUGUCUCUCUCUCUCUUCUUUUGUCAUUUCUCACCUCCCUAGUUCCCUCGCGAGGACAGCGAUUUUGUAUCCCUCGCUGGUUCUGUCGGCCACGGGCAUGAGCUCCUCCCCCUCCACCAUCUGGGUGUAGCGGUCGUGGAGGUAGCACUCCUCCUUCGGCAGCCAUGGCAGCCCCUGACGACUGUGGCCAAGCGGAACUGGUGGAUCAACAUACACAUACACAAACCAUGGAAAGUGACGGACAAUGGUGCAUUCCGGUGCCCCGGCAGCUGCCUGCAGGCCUCCCUCGUGGCCCUUCAGACGGCCCUUUGGCUGUGUGCUCUCUGGCUUCCCGAUGUGCGAGGGGGUGGAGAUCUCCCUCACUUACUCGGGAAUGUGACGUCCUCCUCUCGCUCAGGGGCAGACAUCUGCUUCGCCUGAACACCCACAGCAAGCGCCAGCCAUGCAGACGAGCAGGCACCUUCCCCCCAGAUGCCAUGGGGGAAACACGCAAGAGGCCCACCUUCUGCAUUAUUGCAGCUGGCGCAGCUCAGCAGCCGUCAGAGGUGGGAGGGCGGUGGCUAUGGCACCCCGAUAGGCCGCCUGGGAGCCGCUGCUGAUCAGGAGCACGGGGCUGCCGGCGGCGGAGGAGAUGGGGGAGCAGGUCUCCUAUGUGCUGCGUCAGAAAGACUAUGGGACUUCACAGAUGGGCAGAGAGAAGAGCCGCUCCCUGCGCAGAUCAGGAGGGCACAACCAAACAAGCACCUUCCCCGAGGCGUCG